CGGGUAACUAUAAAGAAGAGGAUUUGAGGAAACAAUAUGAAGAAUAUUCAAAGGAAAAAAAUGGUAAGGUUAAAGAGAUAAACAUAAAUGAACAACUGUCAGAUCAACUUUAUCCCGCGAAAAAUACCAAUCCUGCCAAAAGAAGAAACAAACUAGAAACCUUAAAUAUUAGCGAAAAAGAAUUAGAAGGGAGUUUGGAUUUAACUGAUUUUACCAACUUAAAAAAGUUAUAUUGUAAUGAUAAUAAGUUAACUUCUUUAAAACUUAAUAAUUUAACUAAAUUAGAAACAAUUUUUUGCUUUAAUAAUCAACUUACUAACCUAGGAAUUAGUGCUUCAAACAACCUAGAAAAUUUAAAUUGUAAGAUAAACCAGUUAACUGAUAUUAAUUCGUUAUUAUCUAAUCUCAAUUCUGCUAAAUUAAAGCAAUUAGAUUUGCGGGAUAAUGAUUUCUCAGAAAGCGAUUUAACUUAUUUAAGUAAAUUUGUUAAUUUGGAGUAUCUAGAAUUAUCUAACAAUUACCAAAAAGUAAGUGAUGAUGUCUUCUACCAAAGUUUUAAGCCUUUGCAAUACUUAAACAAGUUAGAGAGUUUAUAUGUUAAAGAUAGUUCUUCCAAUAGAAAUGUUUAUUUUUCGAGUAAUAAAAAGGAUGGUUCAGUUGCAGGGCAAAUUAGAAAAUUAAUUAGUAGAGAAAUAAAUUUAAAAAAACAACAUCAAAAACUUGUUUUUAGUUUAUUAGUGGGAAAUAAUUUAUUAGAAAAAAUUAGACAGUCUGAAGAAGGGACAAUAUCAAAAAACGAUUUGAGACAUAUUAAGUACUCUUUAGUAGUAAAUAAGAUUCAAAAUACAAUUGCUUAUCGUAUAGCAAACAAAGAUGGGUUAGUAGAUAAAACGAUUGAGAAAUUAAGAGCAAAAGAACGCUCUUUAUUAAUAAGGGAAACUUUUGAUGAGGGCGAUAAAAUUGAGGGAUUGUUAGGAAAAUAUACUUUCAACAAAAAAGACUGA